AUGAGUUCCUCUCAAUCUUCGGACCGUCGUUCGUCCGAAGAGAGGGUAAAGCUCCAGCGAGUCUUCAAAGAGAAGACUUUUAUAGCCAGAGAGUCUUUGCUGACGUGAGUAAAAUUAGAGUAAAAGGUUAUAAUUUUCGAUUUAAGGACGGAAUUCCGAAAUGGUAACAUGCAAAUCAUCUAUAAUGGGUUCGCCGCCGUGUUCAUUUUAUUUUUCCUACGUGCUUUGAUUUCGGACAUUUUCGUACAUGGAGUGUAAGGAAGACUGAUUUUCCAUUGAAAAACAAAGAAAAAGGCCUUUGCACCACACCUGGCUGAUUUGGUGGAACUUUCGGGAUUUUAUUCCAACUAUGCUCGUUUGGUCUGCAAUGUUUGCAUCGACUUUUUUGGUCUACAGCGCUUUCAAACUUUGGGCCCAUGUUCCUGCCAAAACCGUAAAGAUCUCUGAACAGGUUGGUUCGUUUGCAAAAGAAAUGAGAUUUCGAAUUUGAUAGAGAGAUGGGAUGGGCUAAAUGUGAUCUCUUAGAUUUUUUAAAGGUCUUUUUAUGUAAUUUAUUGAGCUCUUGCUUGAGACAUUAUGCUUGAGACACUUGAAACUUGAAACUUGAGACAAUAAGAGUCCUUAAAAAAUCAGUAAAAUAGUGUCUAAAAAGGUCUUUGGGUAUUCCGUCCCCAGAUUGACGAAGUAAGCGAGUAUUAGAUACCUUUCGAAAAAUUUUUGAUCUUUAAAAAAGUAACGAUUGCCUUGUGACUGAACUAAAAACCGAAAUUUGCAGAUACCCCUUCUCGCCGUUUACUUAUCCUACCUCACGGCUUUCUUUUACUUCCCUCUCAAAUUCCUUUUCGCCAUGGAGCUCAACUGCGCUUGUUCAUUUAUCAUAACCUGUGAAACGGUUUGUUGAACUUCAAAGCUUUCUUCAAAAAAGAUUUCAGACUCGUAUAGCCAUGAAAAUGCAUUCCUUCAUUCGGGAGAACUGGUCUAAAGCUGUGAUCAGAAAAACUUCCGCAGAUCCGGUCAAGGUUUGUUUUUUGAUUUCUAUAGAUUAAUAUAGAAUUUUUAACUUUUUCCGCCUGGCGAGGUAACCGAUUGGCCUUCAGUGGAGCAGUUUGUGUACUUUCAAUUUUGUCCUUCUUUUAUCUAUCGGGAUGAGUAUCCAAGGUUUGAUUUUUUUAAAAUUCAUUCCUCGUUAAACCUUUCAAGUUUGUAUUUUUUUGUAUUUGAAAAAAUUUCCUGCAGGAAUUCGAAGCCUUUUUGACAGAAUUGGAUAACUCAACUGUCUGUUGCUCGAAAAAAAUUAAAAUUUUUCUUUUUUUCAUCGUUAAAUUUUUUUGACCUGUCUGACUUUUUUUAUCAAAACUUUUCUAUUUUUUUCAAUUCUCUAGGGCUUCUUAUUCUUUACUUUGGGUUUCAGAACUCAAAAAAACGAGACCUCAAGGCCGCUGGAUAUUAUUUCCUUGAAUGCCUUCUGAACAUCGAAUUCGUGAAUCUGGCGUUCACCCAAUGGGCUUUUCCUAUUUUACAUGUUCAAGAUGUAAGAUUUUAAAGUUAAAAUUCAAAGCCAAAACUUUUAAAAUUCACAGUAUCCAUCUCUGACCGUCUCGAACAUAUUUCUAUCUCUAUUCACGGGUAUCGUUCCGGGUAUCAUUUGCCUGGUUUGUUUGUUCUACGGACUUUUGCACUGCUGGCUCAACUGUUUUUCUGAGCUUCUACAGUUCGCCGACCGACAAUUUUACCAUGUAAGGACUCCGAAAGAUUCUCAAAGGGCCAAUUUUUGUAGAACUGGUGGAAUUCCUCGAACAUGGCCGAGUAUUAUCGAAAUUGGAACCUCGUCGUCCAUGAUUGGUUAUACGCGUAUGUCUUCCGAGAUCUGUCUGCGGUAGGUCAAGCAUCGAGGAAUAAUUAGUGAAGAAAAAUCAGGUUCUUCCCGGCAAGAAAGGGCUGAAAAUCGCCCAGACAGCUGUUUUCUUCUUGUCGGCUGCUUUUCAUGAAUACUGGUAAGUAUAACUUUUGCUUCUAAAUAAAACGACACAAAAUUCAUUUUCUGAAAAUUAAUCUAGCUUUUUGGAGUGAUAGAAACUGUAGAAAGAUAGAAGAGAUUGCUCAAUACGGCCUUUUUCAAUUAUUCAACAAAGUGUGAAAGAUUUUCUAUUAAUUUUUUAUAACUUCAGGUUUGGAAUCGCUUUCCGGACUUUCUACCCGGUUAUGUUCAUAUUAUACUUCAUUUUUGGAGGUUUUCAUAACCGAACAAUUUCCUUUGAAAGCUCAUUUCCAGGAAUCUUCUUCUCCGUUUCUCGCUUAAUAAGCAGCCGGAGUGCAUGGAACACGGCCCUAUGGUUUAACCUGCUUAUCGGUGGAAAACUUUCUCUCAAAUGGAAUAACCUCAUUAAAUUAAAGGGACGGGAAUGUUCAUCGCGUUUUAUGGACAAGAGUGGUACGCGAGAAGAGGUCAUUGUGCGCCGUAUUCAUCACAAAUCCUCGACGCUCUUCUCCCAAGACACUGGGCUUGCCAACGUGUUUGA